AGAUCGCAAGUCACUCACGUCAAAGAAUCCAACGUAAAUAUAGCGAGAGAAUUAAACGAACGCGCUCUCAACGGACGCUUUAUUUAGCCGUUAAGAUCAAUAUUAAUGCAUUAACGUCUCAUUAUUAAUGUCAAACGUCCCCCUGAGGGCGGGGCUUGCGUGAGUGACGCUACGGAACGCUCGCGGAACGCUGUUCUAACGCGUUAUAUCUGAGGAGGACUGCAGAAAGAGCGUUUUUAUCGGUUACCGGAUGAAGUCACGGUCAUCGCGAGGCGCACGCUCGUACGGUGGAACAGGAUGAGCUCGAGGCUGAAGGAUGAAGGUCACAUGAGAGGCAUGGCCAGAUUUAAAAACAAAAGGAUGGGGAAGUCCAAGCCGGAGUCUGAGAGGGACUCGGGCUUCUCAGACGGCGGCUCGGUGGAUCAGACGGACACAGACGAUGCAUCGCAGCUGACCGCGGUGGUGAGCGGAGCGCUGCAGGGCCUCUCGCCAAUGAUCUUCAUGAACAAUGUGCUUCUACAGCAGUCUGGUGAAAACUCUUCGUCUUUGAAACCCUGGUCCUUCAGUCCGGCGGUGGAAGUGCUUCCGCAGCCUCAAGUGGUCUUCCUUCAACCCGUCGUCCCGCAAAGAUCCGCCCCGGUGCCGAAGGGACCCCUGUCUAAACGCCGUCGGCACAGAAAGUACCUCCCUAUCCUCAAAUCCUACCCCAAAAUCGCUCCUCAUCCCGGAGACACGGCGCAUAAGAGCAGCAGCUCCGCUUCUAGUUCCAGCUCCUCUUCCUCGGUUAAGAGCUCGUCUUCCACUCGCGGUCAGAAAGACUCGUCUGCCAGCGUGCAAUUACCCAGCGCUCUUCCAGCAUCCGUCGAGUCACAUGCGACCGAACGCAGACCCGAAUCCACAGACGACUCCCUGUGGACGCCGGCGUUUACGGACGACAAAAUAAAGCGCUUCUGCAACACUUACAACAUCCUCAGCAAGUCAGGCCUGCUGGACAUCACGCUGCGCACGAAAGAGUUGAUCCGGCAGAACCGGCGGACGCAGACGGAGCUGGAUCGCCUGCGCGAGCACACCAGCCUGUUCAUGGAAGCGCUGCAGACGGGAGACUCGGCCAUCUGGAGCAAGCUGCAGACAAGCGUGCAAGAGGAGGACAAAGGGAAAGACGGGACGAAGACAACCUGAAGUGAGACGAAAACACGAUGCAACUUUCGUUGGCGUUUUAUAAACAUGCAACUUCUGACUAUAUCUUAAGGUCAAAACAAUGCCAGAGUUGUGGAGCACUAAACCAGUCAUAAAUCUGAAAGCUGAAUAAAUAAGCUUUCCAUUGAUGUAUGGUUUGUUAGGAUAGGACAA